GGCUUUCGUCAAACGAAAAGAAAGGGAGGAAAGAAAAAAAAAUCUUCUCGCGUGCUGCCGUCUCCGGCUCCGGCGGGCGAUGGCACCGCCGCCGGCGACGAAGUACUUCUGGGGCGACUCCCCGGAGCCCGACGAGUACUACGCCUCGCUGGGUCUCCGCCACGCGGAGGCCUACUACCAGUCCCCCCGCGGCCGCCUGUUCACGCACUCGUUCCACCCGCUGUCCGCCUCCCACGACGGCGACGUCAGGGGCGUCGUGUUCAUGACCCACGGCUACGGCUCCGACUCCUCCUGGAUGUUCCAGAGCUUCGCCAUCAGCUACGCGCGGUGGGGGUACGCCGUCUUCUGCGCCGACCUCCUCGGCCACGGCCGCUCCGAGGGCGUCCGCGGCUACCUCGGGGACAUGGAGUCCGUCGCCGCGGCGGCGCUCUCCUUCUUCCUCUCCGUGCGCAAGAGCGGCGCCUACGCCUCCCUCCCGGCCUUCCUCCUCGGCGAGUCCAUGGGCGGCGCCGCCGCGAUGCUCGCCUACCUCCGCUCCCCGCCGGACGCCGGGUGGACGGGGCUCAUCCUGUCGGCGCCGCUGCUCGUCAUCCCCGACGACAUGUACCCGUCCCGCGUGCGGCUCUUCCUGUACGGGCUCCUCUUCGGGCUCGCCGACACAUGGGCGGUGAUGCCGGACAAGAAGAUGGUCGGCAAGUCGAUCCGUAACCCGGAGAAGAUGAGGGUGAUCGCGUCGAACCCGCGGCUGUACCGCGGGCCGCCGCGGGUGGGGACGAUGAGGGAGCUCGUCCGCGUGACGGCGCUGCUGCGGGGCAGCUUCGGGGAGGUGACGGCGCCGUUCCUGGUGGUGCACGGCACCGACGAUGGGGUGACCUCGCCGGAGGGUUCCAAGAUGCUGUACGAGCGCGCGGCCAGCGAGGACAAGAGCUUGAUCCUCUACGACGGGAUGUACCACUCGCUCAUCCAGGGUGAGUCCGACGAGAACCGCGACCGCGUGCUCGCCGACAUGCGCGCCUGGAUCGACGAGCGCGUCCGCCGCUACGGCGCCGCCGCCGCCGCCGCCGUGAACCGGCACGCCGAGGCGCCCGCGGCCUGAUGACACUCCGGUGCAACGCUCUAUUUCUCUUAUCCAACUCUCCCUAUCUUUAAUUUAUCUUUAUUUUUUUCUCUUUCCCAUAUAUACUACUCGCAUCAUCUUUUUAUU